ACUCCUUCUCACUGCUACACUCCUUCUCACUGCUACACUCCUUCUCACUGCUACACUCCUUCUCGCUGUGAACAGGCUUCUCACUGUUAACCGCCUUCUCACUGCCAACCAUUUGUUGGCCAAUUGCCCUCCCCGUCUCAUUCACCAUGCGCAACCCCUUCAGACACGGUCCGCACCUCGAGCACCCCGUCGCCGAAGCCGAGAUCAAACUCCUCGCCGUCGAGACCGGCCACGCCCUCGACACCACCACCAAGCACCCCGCCGCCGCCCCCUCCAGCACCGAGUCCUUCACCGCCGGCGCCCAGAAUGGCGUCCGCAACAUGGAAGCCACGACCACGGCGUGGGACCGCAAAGCGCUGGCCGCCGCGUACGUCCUGAUGUGGCUGAUCGCCUUCGUGGAUGCCAUGCAGCAGGGCACCUCGGGCACGCUGAUGGCCUACGUGACGAGCGGGUUCCGGCAGCACUCGCUGACGGCGUACACGGGCGUCAUGUCGAGCGUCAUCGGCGGCGUGCUCAAGCUGCCGCUGGCCAAGGUCGUGGAUGUGUUUGGCCGGCCGCAGGGGUUUGCGCUGAGCACGGGGCUGCUGGUCGUCGGGCUCGUGCUGAUGGCUGCGUGCAACAGCGUGCAGACGUAUGCCGCGGCGCAGAUAUUCUACUGGACGGGAUAUAAUGGCAUGUCGUAUGUGCUGUCGGUCUUCGUCGCCGACACGUCGCAUCUCAGGAACCGCGCGUUCAUGUUCGCGUACGCCAGCUCGCCGUACAUCAUCACCGUGUGGAUCACCGGGCCGCUGGCAGCCGCGUACCUCGCGGGGCCGGGGUGGCGCUGGUUCUACGGCUCGUUCGCCGUCAUCACUACUAUCGUUGUGUUGCCCCUGCUGGCCCUGUUCUGGGCGAACUACCGCAAGGCCGUGCGCACCGGCAUUAUCGUGCGCGCCACGAGCAACCGCCGCUUCAUCGAGUCCGUCAAGUACUACGCGGUGGAGUUCGACGUGGGCGGCCUGGUCCUGCUGAUGGGCGGCCUCGUGUUCCUGCUGCUGCCGUUCAGUCUGUACAGCUACCAGCCCGGGCAGUGGCGGAGCGCGUUCGUCAUUUCGUUUCUGAUCAUCGGCGGCCUCCUGCUCGCCGCCUUCGUCGCGUACGAGAAGCUGCUCGCCCCGAAGAGCUUCAUGCCGUUCGAACUGCUCCUCGACCGCACCAUCCUCGGCGCCUGCAUCGUGUCCGGCCUCUUCUUCGUCAGCUUCUUCGUCUGGAACGCGUACUUCUACUCGUACCUCACCGUGGUCACGGGCCUCAGCGUCACGGAAGCCACCUACGUGGUCAACAUCUACAGCAUCGGCUCCUGCCUCUGGUCAUUCGUGGUCGGCGUGCUGAUCCGGUGGACGGGGCGCUUCAAGUGGAUCGCGCUGUCCUUCGGGGUGCCGGUGUGCAUGCUGGGCGUGGGGCUGAUGAUCCAGUUCCGCAGCAACCCCGACAUCGGGGUGGGCUUCAUCGUGCUGAGCCAGAUCCUGAUUGCGUUCGCGGGCGGCGCCAUCGUCAUCACCGAGCAAAUGGCCGCCAUGGCCGCGACCACGCACCAGUACGUUGCCGUGGUGCUUGCGGUCGAGGGCAUGUUCUCCAGCAUCGGCGGCGGCAUCGGCAGCUCGAUUUCUGCCGCGCUGUGGACCGGCGUGUUCCCCGCGAAGCUGGCCGAGUAUCUGCCCGCGGAGUCGCAGCCGCAUCUGAUGGCUAUCUACGGGGACAUUGUGGUCCAGACGUCGCAUCCCAAGGGCUCGCCCACGCGGACGGCGAUCGAGCAUGCGUAUGGCGAUUCGCAGCGCUACAUGUCGAUUGCGUCGACGGCGGUCCUGGCCAUUGCGCUGGGGGCCGUCAUGAUGUGGAGAGAUAUCCGCGUCAAGGAGUUCAAGCAGGUCAAGGGCCGUGUUUUGUAAGGCGACCUCUUGUUGGCGCUACCCGCAGGCUUUUAUAGUGCCGCCGGUCGAGAAAAGUUGGGUUUGCUGCGUGGUGGAUACCGAUGAUUGGGAUACCGUAUUGUGUUCUGGGGGCGAAUGGAUUAGCAUACAAUUCCACGCCGAUUUUGUGUUACCUCGCCUGAAUUC